GCGGUCAUAGAGAAUUCGAAACUGGACUAUUUCAAGCAAGAAUACACAGGUGAGAUGUCGGAGACAGUGGAAACGUGAAACCCAGCGUGAAACCAUAAAAUUCUGGAAGCGAUGGUAUUCUACCACGAGUGAUCUCAAGCCAAGUCAGGUCAAGUCAAGUAACUUUUUUUAAAUUCGGUAAAAACAUCAGGCAUAUAACUAAUUUUAAAUUCUACGCUAUUCUUGUAAUAUAUAUCUAGCUGGAUUUAUGAAAACCGCACCAACUGCCUCCUCGGGGCCACACACCUUAAACCUACUCAACUAAAGUGAAUAUUGCCAAGAAACUCAGCUCUUACCCAUGGUUCUCUUAAGGUGACUCUCUUCUCGGUUCCUGAUUAGCAAAGAAACAUUCAAAGUCCAUCAAAAAGCACAAAUGUCCAGUGCUGGCCACAAGAUCCCUACUUUCCUUUUUCAUCCUUAGUUCCACACUUCUCAGAGGUGUGGAAGUGUGGAACAGUCUGACAAAGUAAGGAUAUUGUCGCACUUUCCCCCAGUCAUGAACCCUUUGUCAUUCUUUACUUAGUUCCACACUUCUCAGAGGUCUGGAAGUCUGGAAUAGUGUGACAAACUAGGGAUAUUGCCACACUUUUCCCCCAGUCAUGAACCCCUUGUCAUUCUUUACUUUGUUCCACACUUCUCAGAGGUCUGGAAGUGUGGAAAAGUCUGACAAAGUAAGGAUAUUGUCGCACUUUUCCCCCUAUUAAGAACCCCUUGUCAUUCUUUACUUAGUUCUACACUUCCCAGAGGUCUGGAAGUGUGGAAACGUCUGACAAAGUAAGGAUAUUGUCUCACUUUCCCCCAGUCAUGAACCCUUUGUCAUUCUUUACUUAGUUCCACACUUCUCAGAGGUCUGGAAGUGUGGAAAAGUCUGACAAAGUAAGGAUAUUGUCGCACUUUCCCCCAGUCAUGAACCCUUUGUCAUUCUUUACUUAGUUCCACACUUCUCAGAGGUCUGGAAGUGUGGAAAAGUCUGACAAAGUAAGGAUAUUGUCGCACUUUUCCCACAGGCACUAACCCCUUGUAAUUCUUUACUUAGUUCCACACUUCCCAGAGGUCUGGAAGUGUGGAAAAGUCUGACAAAGUAAGGAUAUUGUCGCACUUUUCCCCCUGUUAAGAACCCCUUGUCAUUCUUUACUUAGUUCUACACUUCUCAGAAGUGUGGAAGUGUGGAAAAGUCUGACAAAGUCAGGAUAAUGUCACACGUUUCCCCCUGUUAAGAACCCCAUGUCAUUCUUUACUUAGUUCUACACUUCCCAGAUGUGUGGAAGUGUGGAAGAGUCUGACAAAGUCAGGAUAAUGUCACACUUUUCCUCUGGUCAUACGAAACCACUGUCAUUCUUUACUUAGUUUUACACUUCUCAAAGGUGUGGAAGUAUAAAAUAGUCUGACAGAGUCAGGAUAUUGUCGCACUUUCCCCCAGUCACGAAUCCCUUGACAUUCUUUCCGGCUUAGUUACACUCCUAUGUAUGAAAUGAGAAUAAAGCGCAGUGGGAGUAUUUGUUGGUUUUAUUCCUGCAACUCGUUUUACAUAUUUUUAAAUGCUAUUUUAAGUUUAGACAACAAUUCUAUGACUAGAAGAUAUUACCCUUGUUUCACUGCCAUCUGUUUGAAUACCCGACCAUAAAACAAGCCUACGUUUUUUCUGUCACGUUCAGUCCCCGUCAGUCCUUUAUCGUCGUUUAUUUAUUUAUUUAUUUUUUAACGGAAACCUCAACAACGUCAUCUCAUCUAUGGAUUUUUAUGUUUGAAAUUUUUCAUCUUAAUGUGCCAUAUAUGAGACGUCUUAUUCUGGGUUUUUCUCCUUCCUAUAGAUCUAUUCGGCUGACUCAAUGUCGUACCCAAUUCAAACCCUUUGGGUAUGAAACGUUUUGUUUUAGGUAUUUCCGUAUCAUUUAAAUGUGAAUGCCACAUUAUAACGCACAUACAAUACACAAAGAAUCUGAACCCCGGGAGCUUUCAAUUGGGUACAACAGUCAGGUCUCUUAAGAUCGUGACAACGCUAAAAAUAGGCAGUAAAGAAUGCAGAGUAUGUGCGUUCUAUCUUCCUCGCUUUAAGAUCAACUUGAUAAAGUUUAUAAAUGCUCAUAUCAAUUGUUAUUGUUCUAUUCCUUCAUCAGGUUCAUGACCUAAAUUGGUCUAAAAAUAUACAGCAUUCUGUAUAAAGUAAUAAUUGUGACUUAUCGGCCUAGAGUAGCUACCUGCAGAUCUCUCUGUGGAAAAGGGGUAUCACUGUUUAGGUGCGUGUUAUAGGGUCGGCAAUAUUUAUGUUAUCUCUACGGCACGUGACAAUACUAAACUAUUUGCAUGGUCCACCCUCCUCUUCGUGUUUAGAGAGUCACCCUAAAGUGAAUUCUUUUUCGAGGUUUCUUGGCCUCGAGCCGCUCGCCUCCGAGCGUGGUGUUGCUUCUUUUUCAUAAUUUAUGUCCAGCAUUUACAUAACCUUAGAGAAGAGGAAAAACUGCGAAACAGUGGAUAUAUGGCGUGAUCUAACAAUUAUCAAAUUUGAAUCCGUACUGAUAAAGAAGAAAGCUUGGUUGGAGAUCGGAUUUCUUAACUUUAAGUUUCUUUGAACAGCUGGCAUUGAAACAAUGGUUAUAUCUGCUAUUCAUAAUAAAAAUAGUUCUUAAGGAAAAAUGUAAAAAAACCAUACAGAAAUAAAACCAAGUGCUCAUAAAGCGCACUGAGCUUCUCGUGACUCAGGGAAAGUGUGACAUUACACUCAACUUGUCAGACUAUUCUACCCUUCCACACCUCCGAGAAGUGUGGAACUAAGUAAAGAAUGACAAGGGGUUCUUAACAGGGGGAAAAGGGCGACAAUAUCCUUACUUUGUCAGACUAUUCCACAGUUCCACACCUCUGAGAAGUGUGGAACAAGGUAAAGAAUGACAAGGGGUUCAUGACUUGGGGAAAAGUGCGGCAGUAUCCUUAGUUUGUCACACUAUUCCACACUUCCACACCUCUGGGAAGUGUAGAACUAAGUAAAGAAUGACAAGGGGUUCUUAAUAGGGGGGAAAGUGCGACAAUAUCCUUACUUUGUCAGACUUUUCCACACUUCCAGACCUCUGAGAAGUGUGGAACAAAGUAAAGAAUGACAAGGGGUUCAUGAUUGGGGGAAAAGUGCGACAAUAUCCCUAGUUUGUCACACUAUUCCACACUUCCAGACCUCUGAGAAGUGUGGAACUAAGUAAAGAAUGACAAAGGGUUCAUGACUGGGGGAAAGUGCGACAAUAUCCUUACUUUGUCAGACUUUUCCACACUUCCAGACCUCUGGGAAGUGUAGAACUAAGUAAAGAAUGACAAAGGGUUCAUGACUGGGGGAAAGUGCGACAAUAUCCUUACUUUGUCAGACUUUUCCACACUUCCAGACCCCUGGGAAGUGUGGAACUAAGUAAAGAAUGACAAAAGGUUCAUAACAGGGGGAAAGUGCGACAAUAUCCUUACUUUGUCGGACUACUCCACACUUCCACACCUCUGGGAAGUGUAGAACUAAGUAAGAAGUGAAGAAACUCUGGAUUUCAUGGCCAGGGCUGGACAUGGCUCUCAAAAAGGCACUCUGGACUUGGCCAUACACUCUAGCUGUGUGAAGGCUCUACAUGACGGAUAUGGUAGCCAAAUAGUAGCAAAAUUCAAGAGAGAAAAUAUAUGUCAAAAUCAACAACUUGAUACCUAAUUCAACACAUAUUUCUCAACAUUAACACCAACUUUAAGAACGUUAUCAACGUCAACGUCAGCUUUUCAACUUCAACAUUGCAAUCAGUCUUAAAUAAACGACGACAAAUCGCCUCAACAAAAACCAUGUUGCUUCACUAUCAACUCUUUCUGAUUUUCAAAUUAAGUCACGAACCAAAAGCUUUCAAGAUCAACAAACAAAAAUUCGUGUCAACAAAUUGAGUCUGAGUUAGCCCCUUGUUACCGCGAGGGACUUGGAAACUAAAUACCUGUCCGUAUGAGCAAGAUGGCGGAUGGCAGUUAUCGCCGUGAGGUCCGUGGUACAGAGAGCGAGUUUAUUCUUUACAGAUUUAGAAAAGUUGUUGUGUGAAUAUGAGCAGCAUCAGUUAGCGAGUGACAUUUCUUUAAAGGAAAACUUAACUAUUCGAUUGGAAAAUGCAGUCCAAGCUUUGCAAAAUCUAUCUCCAUUUGUAUCAGACGCCAACAGUGAAGCAGUUCUCGAAGUGACCAGGAAUUUCCAGUUGAUGUUUUGGAACUGCUAUCGAAGGUGUGAAUUUCCCAGUUGAACAAGAUGCUCACAAGUAGCUGUUUUGUCCCUUUCUUCACCAAAUAGAGUAGUUAAUGGACAAGUUGGAAGGCCAAAAUAUGACAUAAAGGAGGAGACAUUGAUUGAGCUCCGUUCUCUGGGUUUCAGUUGGGAAGAUAUCUCUCACAUGUUGCUUGUCUCACGCUGGACAGUUCACCGCAGAGUAUCCGACUUUGGUCUCAACCACCUGCCACGCUUUAGUGACGUCGCUGAUGAACAAUUGGACAGCAAAGUAAGUGCAUUGCAGAGAGAACAUGGCUGUUUAGUCGGUUCUUCAAUGGUUUUAGGCCAAUUGAGAUCUGAGGGGUUAAUAAUACAGCAAGAGCGGGUACGUAAAUGCCUUGCACGUGUAGACCCUCAGAAUGUCUGAAUACGUUGGGCAAUAACAGUGUCAAGACGAGCAUACUCAGUUGCUGGGCCAAACAGCCUCUGGCACUUAGAUGGCCAUCAUAGCCUUGUUAAUUGGGGGUAAUCCACGGCGCAAUUGAUGGGUUUUCAAGAUUGGUGACCUUCUUGCACUGCUAAACAAACAACAGAAGUGAUACAGUGGGGGACCUGUUUUUGAAUGUAACCCAGGUGUAUGGAUGGCCAUCCAGAGUGCGAACAGGUCAUGGUGGAGAGAAUAGGCAAGUUUGGAAAUUGAUGGAAGAGAGAAGAGGACCAAACAGGGGAAGUUGCCUGGUAGGUUCUUCGACUCAUAAUCAGCGAAUUGAGCGCCUUUGGUGA